AUGACUCAUUCUACCAAGCGCACACCCCGCACCCAAGUCAGCAACCACCUCGAGCUCGUCGCCUCUCUCUCUUUUCUCCUUCCUUCUCCUCGUCGACGCGCUCUGCACUUCUCGCACCACUUAAUCUUGCCGACAUCGCCCCCCUUUUCAGGAGGAUACGAACGGUGGCCUUUGUGGUGUGGUAGAGUCUGUCGUUCGAUCCCUCCCACCGUCAAAAGUGUGAGUAACCACCUAGCUGUGAUCGUGUUCGUGUGGCGUAGGGUCGGACUGA